CUGGACUUUGAGACCAUGCAGCGCUACACCCUGACCGUCAUCGCCCGGGACGGCGGCGGGGAGGAGACGACGGGGCGCGUCAGGAUCAAUGUCCUCGAUGUCAAUGACAAUGUCCCCACCUUCCAGAAGGAGGCUUACCUGGGGGCUCUGCGGGAGAACGAGCCCUCUGUCACCCAGGUGGUCCGGCUCCGGGCAUCUGAUGAGGACUCCCCUCCAAACAACCAGAUCUCCUACAGCAUCGUGCAGGCCUCUGCCUUCCGCGACUACUUCGACAUCACGGUGUCAGAAGGGUAUGGAGUGAUCAGCGUGAACCACCCCCUGGACUACGAGCAGCUGGCCAACGGGGUCAUCUACCUGACGGUGAUGGCCAAGGACGCCGGCAACCCGCCGCUCAACAGCACCGUCCCUGUCACCAUCGAGGUGUUUGAUGAAAAUGACAAUCCCCCCACCUUCAGCAAGCCCUCCUACGUGAUAGCCAUCAUGGAGGACAUUAUGGCAGGAGCCACAGUGCUGUUUCUCAAUGCCACGGACAUGGACAAGUCCAGGGAGUACGGGCAGGAGUCAAUCAUCUACUCCCUGGAAGGCUCCUCGCAUUUUCGCAUCAAUGCUCGCUCAGGAGAAAUCACAACAACAUCUUUGCUGGACCGGGAGGCCAAAUCCGAGUACAUCCUCAUUGUCCGGGCAGUGGACGGAGGCGUGGGGCACCAUCAGAAAACAGGCAUUGCUAUGGUGAACAUCACGCUGCUGGACAUCAAUGACAACUACCCCACCUGGAAGGACGAGCCGUACUUCAUUAACCUGGUGGAAAUGACCCCCCCAAACUCGGACGUCACCACGGUGGUGGCUGUAGACCCAGACCUGGGGGAGAACGGCACGGUGGUGUACAGCAUCCGGCCUCCCAACAAGUUCUACAGCCUCAACAGCACCACGGGCAAGAUCCGCACCUCGGGCGUGCUGCUGGACCGGGAGAAUCCCAACCCCCAGGAGGCCCAGCUCAUGCGCAGGAUCGUGGUGUCCGUCACCGACUGUGGGAGGCCGCCCCUGAGAGCCACCAGCAGCGCCACAGUUUUUGUCAACCUGCUGGACCUGAACGACAAUGACCCCACUUUUCAAAACCUGCCCUCUGUUGCUGAGAUCGCCGAGGGCCUUCCCGCGGGCUCCUCUGUCUUCCAGGUCGUGGCCAUCGACCUGGACGAGGGCCCCAACGGGCAGGUGUCGUACCGCAUGCAGGUGGGCAUGCCCCGCAUGGAUUUCCUCAUCAACAGCACCGGCGGGCUGGUCACCUCCACGGCCGUGCUGGACAGGGAGAGGAUCUCCGAGUACUUCCUGCGGGUGGUGGCCAGCGACGCCGGCGCGCCCGCCAAGAGCUCCACCAGCACCCUCACUGUCAAAGUUCUGGACGUGAACGAUGAGAACCCCACCUUCUUCCCCUCCGUCUACAACGUGUCCCUGCCCGAGGACGUGGCCCGGGAUUUCAAAGUGGUCCGGCUCAACUGCACGGAUGCCGACAUCGGGCUGAACGCUGAGCUCAGCUACUUCAUCACAGGUGGGAACCAGGAUGGCAAAUUCAGCGUCGGCUUCAGGGACGGGGUGGUCAGGACAGUCGUGAGUCUGGACAGGGAGACCGUGGCGUCCUACACGCUGAUCCUGGAGGCCAUCGACAAUGGCCCCACCGGGAACCGGCGCACCGGGACUGCCACCGUGUACGUGACUGUCCUGGAUGUCAACGACAACAGGCCCAUCUUCCUGCAGAGCAGCUAUGAAGUCAGUGUCCCCGAGGACAUCCCGGCUGCCAGCAGCAUAGUGCAGGUGAAAGCCACCGACGCGGAUGAAGGCAUUAACGGGAGAGUGUGGUACAGGAUUGUCAAGGGAAACGAGCACAACCACUUCCGCAUCAAUCCCAGCACGGGGCUGGUGAUGCGAGGUGUGCGGCACCUGGACAGGGAGCAGAACUCCUCCCACGUGCUGGAGGUGGAGGCCUACAACACGGAGCAGGGGCCCAUGAGGAGCUCUGUGCGGGUGAUCGUGUACGUGGAGGACGUCAACGACGAGGUGCCGGUGUUCACCCAGCGCCAGUACAACCGCCUGGGGCUGCGGGAGACAGCGGGAAUAGGGACCUCGGUGGCAGUGGUCCGGGCCACCGACCGAGACACAGGGAAAGGGGGCCUGGUGAGCUACAAAAUCGUGUCGGGCGCGGAAGGGAAGUUCGAGAUCGACGAAAGCACGGGCCUCAUCACGACCAUAGAGUACCUGGACUACGAGACCAAAACCAGCUACCUGAUGAACGUCUCUGCCACGGACCAGGCGCCCCCCAACAACCAGGGCUUCUGCAGCGUGUACGUCAGCCUGCUGAACGAGCUGGACGAGGCCGUGCAGUUCUCCAACAGCAGCUACGAGGCCGUGAUCAUGGAGAACAUCCCCCUGGGCUCUGAGGUGCUCCGUGUCCAGGCUCGCUCCAUCGACAACCUCAACCAGAUCACCUACAAGUUUGACCCCAACACCAACCCCCAAGCGCUCUCCCUCUUCAAAAUCAAUGGGGUCACGGGUGUGAUCACGGUCAAAGGCCAGGUGGACCGAGAGAAAGGGGAUUUCUACACUAUGACAGUGGUGGCUGAUGAUGGAGGACCGAAGAUUGACUCCACAGUGGUGACCAUCACGGUCCUGGACGAGAACGACAACAGCCCCCAGUUCGACAUCACCUCUGACUCGUCUGUCAGCGUGGCUGAGGACAUCGCCGUGGGCAAGAGGGUGGCCCUGGUCCUGGCCCGAGAUCCAGAUGCAGGCAGGAACGGCCAGGUGACUUUCUCGCUGACGUCGGGGAACAUCGGCCGGGCUUUUGAGAUCCGUACCACCAACAACACCUACGGCGAGGUGUUUGUGGCGCGGCCGCUGGACCGGGAGCUGCUGGACCACUACACCUUACGGAUCCAAGCAUCGGAUGGCGGCGUUCCUCCCCGGAGGAAGGAGCACAUUCUACGAGUGAAUAUCCUGGAUGUCAAUGACAACCCCCCUGUCAUCGACAGCCCCUUCGGCUACAACGUGAGCGUCAGCGAGAACGUCGGCGGCGGCACGGCGGUGGCCCAGGUGCGCGCCACCGACCGCGACAUCGGCCUCAACAGCGUCCUCUCCUACUACAUCACCCGAGGGAACGAGGACCUGACCUUCCGCAUGGACCGUGUCACCGGCGAGAUCGCCACCCGGCCCUCCCCGCCGGACCGCGAGCGCCAGAGCUUCUACAGCCUCGUGGUCACCGUGGAGGACGAGGGCAACCCCUCCCUGUCGGCCACCACCACGGUGUAUGUCACCGUCCUGGACGAGAACGACAACGCUCCCGCCUUCCGGCAGCAGCUCUACGAGGUGACCCUCGAUGAAGGUCCCUCCACACUCAAUGCCACCCUGGUCACCGUGCAGGCCCUGGAUCAGGAUGAGGGACCCAACGGCACGGUGGCCUACGCCAUCACUGAAGGCAACAUCUUGGGUACCUUCCACAUUGACAACGCCACGGGGGAGAUCCGCACGGUGAAGGAGCUGGACUACGAGAUCAGCCACGGGCGCUACACCCUGAUCGUCACCGCCACCGACCAGUGCCCCAUCGUCUCACGCCGCCUGACAUCGACGGCCACAGUGCUGGUGAACCUCAAUGACAUCAAUGACAACUGUCCCACCUUCCCACGGCCCUACGAGGGGCCCUUCGAUGUCACCGAGGGGCAGCCCGGCCCUCGUGUCUGGACUUUCCUGGCCCACGACGGGGACUCAGGACCCAGUGGACAAGUGGAAUACAGCAUCAUCGCCGGGGACCCCCUCGGGGAAUUUGUCAUCUCCCCGGUGGAAGGAGAGCUGCGGGUGAGGAAGGACGCCGAGCUGGACCGUGAGAACAUCCCCUUCUACAACCUCACCAUCGCUGCCCGGGACCGGGGGGUGCCUCCCCUCAGCUCCACCAUCCUGGUGGGUGUCCGUGUGCUGGACAUCAACGACAACGACCCCGUGCUCCUGAACCUCCCGAUGAACCUCACCCUGAGCGAGAACGCCGCCGUCUCCAGCUUCGUCACCCGCGUCCUCGCCCGGGACGCGGACCAGGGCCCCAACGCCCUCCUGACCUUCGAUAUCACAGCAGGGAACACAGAGAAUGCCUUCUACAUCAACAGCACCAGUGGCGUUGUGUACGUGAACCGCCCGCUGGACAGGGAGCGGGUGGCCGAGUACAGGCUGACCAUCACGGUGAAGGACAACCCCGAGAACAUACGCAAUGCCAGGCGGGAUUUUGACCUGCUGGUCAUUUCCAUAGCGGAUGAGAACGACAACCGCCCCCUCUUCACCCAGGGCUCCUACCAGGCUGAGGUGAUGGAGAACUCGCCCCCUGGAGCUGUGAAGAUCAAAACUCCCCUCAACCGUGAGCUAGUGGCCACCUACGAGGUCACCAUCUCUGUCCACGACAAUGCCAGCGAAGUCAUCGACCGCUCGGUCAGCGUGCCCAACGGUAAGGGUUGUCCCCAGGCACUGACGGUCAACGUCUUGGACGUCAAUGACAACACACCCCGCUUCCGCCCCUUCGGGGUCACCUAUUUCACCGAGCGGAUCCUGGAGGGAGCCACGCAGGGCACCACGCUCAUCUCCAUCUCAGCAGUGGACCCAGACAAAGGUGCCAAUGGGCAGAUCACCUACGAGCUGCUGAACCUCUCUCCGGAAGGUUACGCCUGUCUGGAAGACCAUUCGGCAGGGAAGGUUGUGGCCAACAGGACAGUGGACUAUGAGGAGGUGCAGUGGCUGAACUUCACCGUCCGCGCCUCCGACAACGGCUCUCCCCGCAGAUCCGCUGAGAUCCCCGUGUACCUCCAGAUCGUGGACAUCAAUGACAACAACCCUGUUUUCAGUCAGCCAUCCUACCAGAAAGCUGUCUUUGAGGAUGUGCCGCUGGGCACGGUCAUCCUGAGCGUCGAGGCCACCGACGCAGAUUCCGGGCAGUUUGCUCUCAUCCAGUACAGCCUGGGCGAUGGAGAGGGCAAGUUUGGGAUAAAUCCCAACACGGGUGACAUCUACAUCCUGUCAGCCCUGGACCGGGAAAAGAAGGAUCACUACACACUGACAGCCGUGGCCAGGGACAACCCUGGGGAUGUCUCCAGUAACCGUCGGGAGAACUCUGUGCAGGUGCUGAUCACAGUCCUGGACAUCAACGAUGUCAGGCCCCAGUUCAGCAAGAGCCAGUUCAGCACCAGUGUCUAUGAGAACGAGCCGGCGGGGACGUCAGUGAUCACCAUGAGUGCCACCGACCUGGACGAAGGGGACAACGGCGUGGUGACCUACAGCAUCGAGGGUCCUGGAGCGGAGGCUUUCAAGAUCAAUAAAGACUCCGGGCUUGUCACAUCCCGGCGACGCCUGCAGUCCUACGAGAGGUUCAACCUGACUGUGGUGGCCACGGACAAGGGGCACCCCCCUCUCUGGGGGACCACCCUGCUCCACAUCGAUGUCAUCGACAUCAAUGACAACCGCCCCGUCUUUGUCCGCCCGCCCAACGGCACCAUCCUGCACAUCAAGGAGGAGAUCCCCCUGCGGUCCAACGUCUACGAGGUCUAUGCCACAGACAAAGACGAGGGUCUCAAUGGAGUGGUGCUCUACAGCCUGCUGAAAACUGGGGCGGGGAACAAGGACUGGGAGUACUUCAGCAUCGACUCUGUCAGCGGGCUGAUCCAGACGGCCAUGCGGCUGGACCGGGAGAAGCAGGCAGUGUACAACCUGAUCAUCGUGGCCUGCGACCAGGGCCAGCCACCCUACGAGACCAUGCAGCCCCUCCAGGUAGCGCUCGAUGACAUCGAUGACAAUGAACCCAUCUUCCUCAGGCCACCUAGGGAUAGUCCCCAGUACCAGGCACUCUCUGUCCCCGAGCACUCGCGGCCAGGCACCGUGGUGGGGAACGUCACCGGCGCGGUGGACGCGGAUGAGGGCUCCAACGCCAUCGUCUACUACUUCAUAGCAGCUGGGAACCAGGAGAGCAACUUCCAGCUGAGCCGAGAAGGGAAGCUGAAGGUCAUGCGAGACCUGGACCGGGAGAAGGAGCCGUACCACUCCAUCAUUGUCAAAGCAUCCAGCCAGAGGAACUGGGCUCCUCCCCGAGGCCAGCGGGCGGGAAGAGCCCAGCUCUGGGACCUCAGCGAGGACCUGACCCUUCAGGAGGUGCGGAUCUUCCUGGACGACAUCAAUGACCAGUCCCCCCAGUUCACCAAGUCGGAGUACACGGCAGGGGUUGCCACUGAUGCCAAGGUGGGGUCGGAGCUGAUCAGAGUGCUCGCAGUGGACGCCGAUGUGGGCAAUAACAGCCUGGUGUUGUACAGCAUCCUGGGCAUCCGCUACAUCAAGCAGCACUCCAAUGACUCCGAGGAGGUGGCCAACAUCUUCAGCAUCGGAACCCUUGAUGGCAUCCUGCGAACCUUUGACCUCUUCACGGCCUAUAACCCCGGCUACUUUGUGGUGGACAUCAUGGCCUCUGACCUGGUGGGCCACAAUGACACGGCCAUUGUGGGGAUUUACAUCCUGCGGGAUGACCAGCGAGUCAAAAUCAUCAUCAACGAGAUCCCUGACAAGGUCAGGCAGUUCGAGGAGGAGUUCAUCAGCCUGCUCUCCAACAUCACGGGCGCCAUCGUCAACACGGAUGACGUGCAGUUCCACGUUGACAAGAAAGGCCGGGUGAACUUUGCCCAGACGGAGCUGCUGAUCCACGUGGUGAACAGGGAGACCAACCGCAUCCUGGACGUGGAGCGGGUUAUUCAGAUGAUAGACGAGAACAAGGAGCAGCUGAGGAAUCUCUUCAGGAACUACAACGUGCUGGACGUGCAGCCUGCCAUUACUGCCCGGGCACCCGACGACCUCUCGGCUCUGCAGAUGGCAAUCAUCGUGCUGGCCGUCCUGCUCUUCCUGGCUGCCAUGCUCUUCAUCCUCAUGAACUGGUACUACCGGACAGUGCACAAAAGGAAACUGAAAGCCAUCGUGGCUGGCUCCACUGGGAACAGAGGCUUCAUGGACAUCAUGGACAUGCCAAACACCAACAAGUACUCCUUUGACGGGGCCAACCCGGUGUGGCUGGACCCCUUCUGCAGGAACAUGGAGCUGGCGGCGCAGGCGGAGCACGAAGACGACCUGCCGGAGAACCUGAGCGAGAUCACCGACCUCUGGAACAGCCCUGCCCGCACCCACGGCACCUUCGGGAGAGAGCCCUCCGCCGCCAAGCCCGAGGAUGACCGCUACCUGCGGGCAGCCAUCCAGGAGUACGACAACAUCGCCAAGCUGGGGCAGAUCAUGCGGGAGGGACCCAUCAAGGGCACUCUCCUGAAGGUGGUUCUGGAUGAUUACAUGCGGCUGAAAAAGCUCUUUGCCCAGCGGAUGGUGCAUAAGGCCACCGCCAGUCAGGGGGACCGCUCCUCGGUCUCGGAGCUGAUCCAGAAGGAGCUGGAGGACGAGGAGGGGGAGUGCAGCCCCAGCCAGGGCAGCCUGCGCUUCCGACACAAGCAGCCGGUGGAGCUGAAGGGUCCCGACGGCAUCCACGUGGUGCACGGCAGCACGGGCACGCUGCUGGCCUCCGACCUCAACAGCCUGCCCGAGGACGACCAGAAGGUGCUGGGUCGCUCGCUGGAGACUCUGACCGCCGACUGCGGGGGCUACAGCGACCACAACGCCCGCACCGAGUCGGCCAAGUCCACCCCCCUGCACAAGAUGCGGGAGGUGAUCAUGGAGAGCCCUCUGGAGAUCACCGAGUUAUGA